AUGGCCGAAGCCAGAGAUUACGAAGCGAUCGCUGGAACAAUGUGUUGUCGUUGGAAGCACAAAUUUCUUGCUGGUGCUGCUAUUUAUUUGCUUACCUAUAUGGUUUGGCUUUGCCUGUCUCGUAUGACACCAUCGAAAUGGAUGAAUUUUCUAAUGUCAACAAUUGCCUUUUCUGGUUUCACGGUCAAUCCAGCUAUUUAUCUUAUUGUGAACAAUACCUUGCGCAAACGCGUGCUCAACACAGUCAUCCGCAAAAGACAUGUGAUAGUAACUCCGACAAAGCGCAACCCAGAAAACAAAAGCAUGUAUAAGAUAAGUACGCCUUUAUGAAGCAGUUUCAUGGUUA